UAUGUUUUUAGAAUGAUUAUAGUGUAAUAUGUAUAUUUAUAAUCAUGUUUAAAUAGUUUGGGAUAUUACGAUACAUUUAUCUGUGAUAUUAAUAAAAUGCUAAUGAAACUUAAAAGCUUCAAAUAUUAGGCUUUAAAAUGGAAAUUAAUAAUACAUACUGCAGGUUUUGUGCGGAGCCCAAGAACAGUGAAAAAAUGUUAAAUAUGAAUGAAGAAAACAAACUCGAAGAAAUACAUAAAAAACUUUUGUUUCUUAAUGCUGAAUAUGUUGAUAUUUUAAAAGAAAAUUUACCUAAAACUAUAUGCUUUGUGUGUUACGAAUCUAUGAAUAAAGCCUAUGAGUUUCUAAACAACGUAAUGUUAGCCCAGACCGUUCUCGAUAGCAUGUUUCCCAAUACUGAAAUUGAGCUUUAUUUCUCGGAAGAUGAAAAGAAUUUUAAUACUGAUUUAAUAGACAAUGAUGUUAAAGUGGAGAAUGUCAACGAAUUAGAUGAAGUUGAAGUGAAACCUGAACCAAAAGAUGAUUCUGAAUUAAAUGUCAAAGAUUUUAUUGAAGCUGCAAUUAGAAAUAUCCCAGAAAUUAGCAUUUACGCGACCGAAGAAAACAGUUUAAAAAAAACAUUAACUAAGUGGAAGCAUUAUCCUUGGACCUGUUCUAGUUGUAAUAUUGAAUUUUUAAAUAUAGAGACAUUAAGACUACACAGCCAAAUGACUCAUGGGAGGUGUAAUGCUUUUGCUUGUGUGUACUGUAAAGAUUUCGAAUGUAGCACUUUUGAGCAAUUUGUCUCUCAUGUGAGAAAACACAAACGGAAACUCCGGAAACGUUGUGAAUACUGUGAUGAAUCAAUUGAUGAGGAGGUUUUAAAUACACAUCUCAAACUUCACUUUGAAAAAGAAGAAGAAGCUUGCCAUCUUUGUGGUGAAAUUUUUACAAAAAAAGCUUUACAAGAACAUUUAAAAGAGUUUGAACCAAAUAAACCAAAACGUAAACCUAAUAGAAAAAGGGGGGCUCCACUCACUAUUGAAGAACUGACUUGUCAACUAUGUAAUAAGGUUUAUAAAACUCCGAAUAGUUUACGUGAUCAUAAGAAAAUACAUGCUAAUAAUCGCAAGAAAGAUUACACAUGUGAGCGCUGUGGAAAAAUGUUUUAUAAUAAAGGCACAUUGACAUCACAUAUAAUGGCACACAAUGAAGUGCGACCCCAUGUAUGUAGGAUCUGCAAUAAAUCCUUCAUGUUUCCGAAUAUGUUGCGUAGACAUGUGGAGAUGCAUUCUGGUGUAAAACCAUUCUCGUGUGAGCAAUGUGGUAGAUGUUUCCGGCUACAAUACCAGCUAAAUGCACAUAAAAUUAUACACACUGACUCAAUGCCUCAUGUAUGUAAAUAUUGCAAUAAAGCUUUUAGAUUUAAACAAAUUCUAAAGAACCAUGAACGACAACAUACAGGCGAUAAACCUUAUGACUGUGAGUUUUGUGGAAUGAAAUUUACUAAUUGGUCCAACUACAACAAACACACAAAAAGAAGACAUAAUAUGGAUACAUCUAAAAAGAAGAUAACUCCUGAAGGAGUGUUCCCUAUUAAUUUAGAUACAGGGGAAUUGAUUCAAAUGCAAGAUGCUUCUACAGAAGAAUGGAAAACUAAAAUCAUGAUUCCAGCUAAACGGGGAAAGAAAAAAGUAAAAAAGGAAGAUCUGAAUGAAUAAUCGUCGUGUUACUGUUUCUUUCAUAGAAGAAUAUUGACCUGGAAACAAAAAACUGUUCAUGACUUGGAACUUUAAAGGAAUUUAAGGCGAUUCCAUCAGCCGGUAAGUUUAUGGGCUCUCUUUGGACAGUCAAGGGUUAGUAAUGAUCGAAUACCUUUAUAAAGAACGCACUAUUACGGAGACUUUUUACGCAGGACGAACAACAAAGUUGCGUGAGAAAAUAUGCAACCGACGAUAUGGCACACUUGCUGAAGUUGUUUUGAUGUACCAAAAUAACGCCCCUGCGCACAAGUCCAGAGUUGCAAUGGCAGCUAUUGAACAAGCUGGCUUUGAAUUCAUGGAACAUCAUCCAUCCUCCCGGGCGACGAUGAUGUCGCAGUAGUCGCCGCGGUUCAUGAUUUUUUAAGUGAUUAAGAAAUUUUUUUUUUAAAAGGGAACGUAAGCUUCAUAAAAAAUAUAUGUACAAAGUGUAUAAAUCUGAAACAACACUAAAAUAAAAGACAAUUGCGUCAUACUCA